AUGAUCAGUAACUUGCUAGUUUUUCUAUCCAUCGUGCAUAUCGUGCAUGGCAAUGCAACUAAUAGCAGUCAACAGACAACACCUGAUUUUCACGUAUGUAGUUUACAGUCAUUUCGAAAGUUUUGCGAAAAUGAUACCACAAUAAUAAUCGACAAGUCGUUGACCAUGAUAAAAGGCUAUCCUCUACAUGUCGUCUAUAAUCGUGUACCGAAAUCAGCCAGCGAAAUGCUUCGAAAAUUGUUUCGUGAACAAGCAGAAUCUCGACAUUUUACAAUCGAAAACGAAGAAAUUUUCGUUCCGUUUCGUCUGAGCCCAGAAGUUCACCGAGAAAUCGCCAGCGAUAUACUCAAUGCUAAGGCACCUGUGCUCUACGAACGACAUAUGUAUUUUGUUGAUUUCAACGCUCUGAAGUAUCCUCAGCCGGUGUACAUUAAUAUGAUAAGAGAUCCUGUCAAGAGAAUUAUAUCGCAGUACUAUUGGACGCGUCAAGCUUGUCGUGAAGAAAAUCGCUGCUAUUUGGAUAUGAAAUAUCUCAAUGAAUCACUAGAUGAAUGUGUUCAACGUCGUUCAGCAUUGGAAUGUAUCAAUCCAGCACAGGGUGUCGAUACAAUUCUACCAUUCUUUUGUGGACAUGAUCCUAAGUGUGAAAGUUUAUCUAAUUAUUCAUUAAACGAAGCGAAGAAGAAUAUUAUUAACCAUUAUACAGUUGUGGGUGUUGUGGAAGAACUGUACAACUUCUUAUUCCUGCUCGAACGGUUAUUGCCUCGUUUUUUUCGGAACAUAAGCCUUAAGUAUAUGUCGGAUGAUCAAAUACGUAUAGAAAGUAGCACACGAACAACUGGUAAAAGACCAGAACCAAGUAACAGUACCAAAGCAGCUUUACGUAAAGCACUUGCUCUUGAAUACGACCUUUAUGAUUUUGUUAAGACACGUUUUCAAAAUCAAUUUCAACAAGUUUUAUUAACUAUGACUAAUGUUUAA